AUCAGGCCCCUCUGCACCCCACGGGGCAUGCACACCGCCCCCCCCAUGCAGAGUUCGCUCUCCGGUCCCGCUGGCUCCUCCUCCCGCCGGGUCAGUCGGGGUGGCCGCCGGCCUCGGGGAACACAAGCGCUGAAACCCCUGUCCGCUCAUCCCGCCAGCUCCCUGCGCGCGGGACGCGCUGAUUGGCUGCACGGCUCACGCGAGCCGCGCUGGGGGCGGGUUUGGCCGCGAGUAACCCCGGCCGCGCGAGCUGCCCGCGCGACCUUUCUCCUGCGUUCGUGGUGCCGCGGCGCCCCUCCCCGGCGGUCGCAGGAGCGCGGCAAGAUGGCGGCGCUGAGCAAGUCCAUCCCCCACAACUGCUACGAGAUCGGGCACACCUGGCACCCGCACUGCGGCCGGGCCUUCGUGCACAUCACCCACGGGGCGCUGGCUGAGUCCCUGCGCAUCUACGGCACCCUCUACCUGAUUGCGGCAGUUCUCAGGAAACGAAAGCUUGACUAUUAUCUGCACAAACUGCUACCUGAGAUUUUGCAGUCAACUUCCUUUCUGACUGCGAAUGGGAGCUUGUAUAUUGCUUUCUUUUGCAUUUUAAGGAGGAUACUUGGAAAAUUCUACUUUUGGACUCCGGGCUUCGGAGCUGCUUUACCGGCUUCCUACGUGGCCAUUCUCAUUGAAAGGAAAAGCAGGAGAGGUCUGCUUACAAUAUACAUGGCCAAUUUGGCCACGGAAACCCUUUUUCGAAUGGGGGUAGCAAGAGGAGCCAUUACACCUUUAAGGCAUGGAGAAUGCACAAUUUCCCUCUUGGAUCUUAACUCUGUUACACUAGAUGCACAUCUCCCAUUUACCUCUAUGGGAAUUUUCCAGUUUCAGGUCCUUUUGUUCUGCAUCACAGCUGCUCUGUUCAUGUUCUUUUUCAGGUGCAAAGAUGGUUUGAAAGGAUUUACAUUCUCUGCGCUUAAAUUCAUUGUAGGUAAAGAAGAAAUUCCCACACAUUCAUUUUCACCAGAAGUAGCAUUUUCAAAAAUAGACAGAAAAAUAAAGCACCGGGAAGAAGUAUCACGGCGAAUGAACAUAAUAGCUCUAACAAAGAAACUUGUGGACAAAGUAUGCAAACAUGGUCCAAGACAUAGAUGCUGUAAACAUUAUGAAGAUAAUUGCAUCUCAUAUUGCAUUAAAGGCUUCAUUAGAAUGUUUAGUGUUGGUUACCUGAUCCAGUGUUGCCUUCGAAUCCCAUCAGCGUUCAGGCAUCUAUUUACAAAACCUUCCCGGCUGCUUUCUCUAUUCUAUAACAAAGAAAACUUCCAGCUUGGAGCCUUUCUGGGAUCUUUUGUCAGUAUAUACAAAGGUACUAGUUGCUUCCUGCGCUGGGUACGAAACCUGGAUGAUGAACUUCAUGCUCUUAUAGCAGGAUCCCUGGCAGGAGUUUCUAUGAUGUUUUACAAAAGCACUACUAUCUCCAUGUACCUGGCUUCCAAACUAGUGGAGACCAUGUACUUCAAAGGCAUUGAAGCAGGAAAGGUUCCCUAUUUUCCUCAUGCAGACAGCAUCAUCUAUGCCAUUUCCACAGCAAUCUGCUUUCAGGCGGCUGUGAUGGAAGUUCAGACCCUGAGACCUUCUUAUUGGAAAUUCCUUUUACGAUUGACAAAAGGCAGGUUUGCUGUCAUGAAUAGACAAGUAUUAGAUGUAUUUGGUACUGAAGCAUCUAAGAACUUCAAGAAUUUCAUACCUAAGCUUGACCCAAGAUAUACUUCUGUAUCACCGGAGCUACCAAUUGAGCUGUCUUGAAAAACGAUACUUUAUCUUGUGAUUAAAUAUGAUCACCAUUUUGUCCUGAAGAGUUAAUUAACUUAACAGUCAAAUUGAUGGAAGAGGACUUGUGCUCCACUUCAGUAUUAUUUCAAUGAGAAAUGCUUUUUACCAAUCAGAAAUACUGAAGCUUUGUAGGAAGAUGUGGCUUAAUAAUUAAGCCCUUUCCAUAGCCAGAAACUGUUUCUGGAUCAUUGUAGUUGAUUGACAAUAUGGUAGAUUCUUGACUGAAUUAAAUCAAUGAGUAAUAUAUCUAUAGAAAAGAGAAUUAAAAUACACCUAUGACAUAAAUAUACUUUAAAAUAACAUUUUCAUUUCUGUAGCUCAUUCCAGUAGAAAAUUUCUUUGUAAAACUAAUAUUUCCAAAAUGAGAAAGGAUGGUUUCAGUCCAAAGUUUUACCUUAUCUUAAAACUGUUACAGUAUGGUGAGAAAUGUCCCCUGAAUUCCAAAUAUGUGUUUUUAAAAAUCCACCAGUCUGUCACUGAAAAUUUUAAAAAUAACCAAUAGCCACUUUUAAUUCAAGACUAGGCUAUUUCUACCCAGCUAUGGCUACAAAAACAGCAACCCUUCCACCAAAAGAGUGCUGGUUAGCCCAUAAACCAUACUCCAGAGCUGUCAUUCCAUUGAUGUAGACCAUGAACAAAGGAAAUGUAAAAAAACAGGUGUCAGUGACUUGUGCUUCUUAAGAAACAGCAGUGUGUGGAAGUUAAUAUUUGCCACAUGGAAAACGACAAGACAAUGAGAGUGAGGAAUGCAAUGGCUGAGCUUUCGAGAGGGUAGUCCAAACAGUAGAUUGCUUAAAAUACAAACACACACACUAAAAUUAAAUGAGUUUUACAAAAAAGACUUGACGAGUAUCAGUUUAGAUUAAAUCUACUUGAUUUAAGCAUCAAUACUAUAUUGCAUUCCAAUGGUCUUCAAAAGGGAACAAACUCCUAAAGUUCAACCAUCAUAGCAAAACAGUUUUAUCUGACACAUUCAUUCGUGUUUCUUCAUAUUCAGUUGUUCCGUUAAUCGAUGAAGAAUGCUUUCCCCUUGAUAUAGCAGACAGUCGUGACCAUAGACAAUUCCAUGAAGUUUAAUACGGUACUUAAUAUAAAUAAAUAUCUGCUCAAAAUCCACUUCUUUCUUUCUCUGCAUAUUUUUACAGAUGACACUUCACCUUUGUGUUCUAAAGUGAAAUCUUGACAUGCUAAUUCCUUUCCUACUUCUGUUGUUUAUAGGCUGUUCAGGGCAGCCAUGGCUGAAUUAUGAUCAGAGUCUCCUAGCUUUUCAGGGAAAAUAUGAGCUUUACUUGCAUUCAACUAAAAAGAUCAGACAAUGGAAAUGCAACAAAUGCCUGUGAAUGGGAAGUAAGGAUGUAUGCAUUUAUUUUUUUUUAUUUUUUUUAAUCUGGUUUAUUUGCUGGAAGCUUUUGCCACACACAGUAAAAUAAUUACUUAAUAGAACCUAUGUCAUAACAGUAAUUCUGUCCCAAUCUUAACACAUUUCAGCUCCCAUUUGUUUAAUUUCACAAUGCCAUAUAUGUUAACAUUUACAUCAGACUUAACAAAAUUGUCAUGAAAAUGUACCAGCCCAUGCACAAAACCUACCUGUUCAUCCUUUACCAUAAUAAUGAUGAUCAUCAGCUACUUAUAAUUCCUUGUGAAAACAACAUACAUGGCCCAAGUUGAGUGGGUUUUGCAAGCUAGGUUUGUGUGCAAUAUCUUAUUUGCUUGUAAUGGUAAACUAACAUUGCUCAAAAAUAAAAAAAAAUCAGCUGGGCUCUGUCAGGAUUGUAGGAGGAAUGUUGGAAGGACUGUUUUUCCAUUAGCAUUUCUAAAACACAUGACCUUCUGAAGUCUGAAUGCUGUAUGUUUUGGGUAACAUUUUAGAACUGAUGUACUAGACUAUCAGGACUUAGUAGAGUGAGUGUGCCAGUCUCAGAUUUUUCAAAAUCUUUUACAGAUAGCUUAGCUUUUCUUUUCCUUGUUGGAAUGAAAAUGGUGAUAGGUCUUUAUAUUUGAGUUAAAACAGCCGAGGACUGUGUCUCAAUAUCUAGAUACCAGUUUGGUCCAUGUCUUCUUGUUUCCUACAUUCAUAAUCCUUGUUUUAAUGGCUGUCAUGUAAUGUAAAAAUAAAACAUUCUAAACCUUA